GGAAACAGAUUAACUCAGGUUGUCGUCACUUUGUCAGUUGAUAUCUGUGAACUUUGAGGCUUUCAGUUCCCGAGGAGUUUAUUUCUUCAUUGAUAGUCCGUGUGCCAUCCUCCCCGUUAACCGGCAGCGUUAACCGGAGCUCCAUCAUGGCGGGGAUGCAGCUGCUCACACUGAUGGUCAGUGAGCGACUGGCAGUAGCUGCAGAGGAAAUCUUUGGACUGGAAGAAGUUGUCCGCUCCCACAGAACAGCUGACUGUUUCAAACCCUGGAGUGAUUUUAUUCAGAGCAGAUCUGCUUCAUAAUGGAAGUAGCCUCUAGCCGGUGUGCUACAUACACACAGAAACGACAGUAAAUGUCACAUGGUACGUUACGUUACAAACCUUUAAACAUAUGAAACAUGCUUUGACUGUUCCCCACUGACAUAAACAAAGCACAGAAACGCCCUUUCUGCAGCUUUACUGCAACUGUUAGUUAAAGUUAACAUUUCUGUUACCGGCUUCCUGUCUCGAGAAACGAUCACCUGUCGUUGGGACUACUUUUUCUGUGCGCGCAAGUAGACGCUGAUGACGUUACACGGAAGUAGGGUUCAUCGGUGGCGAUUGUUUUGGUAAACUUCAUCCUCAAGAAAGGACAACGGUUUAAGUAAUGUUAGUAAGCUAUAGGGCUAACGUUAGCAUAACUUACAUAGUAUUAAGAUGAGGCAGUUUGGUGUACUAUGCCUCACGCCUGCGCAGUGAAGACAUGCACAAAUAAAGCAAAGACUGGCGCUGCUUUGUCUUUCCACCGCCUUCCAGUAAGGGAACCGGAGCGGCUGAAACUAUGGCUGUUCGCCUUGAACAUCGAUGUAAAUACUCCACAGGACGAGCUAAAGAAAUAUAUUGUAUGCUCGGAGCAUUUUGCUCAGGAGGACUACACAGUUAACGUUAACGGACAGCCGAGGACCGAUACGAUGCACCGGUUUCUGACGCCAACGGCUGUCCCGACCGUUGGCGUGUCCUCCUGCACGCUACAAACCAGUGCAGCGGAGGAUUCAGAAAAUAACAGGCUCAAGGAUGUGUCAUUGGAUUCUCAUUCAUCUGACGACACCCAGCCGGUCUCUGAGGAACUGCGCCCUUCAUUGCAGCCAUGUGACAUAAAGGUGGAACAGAGUCCCGUUCGGGAGGAAACAGAGAUCCAAGAGCAUCCACGGGUCAAAGAGGAGCAGGUGGAUCAGUGCAUCAGUCCCGACAUGGAGGCUGAUACUUCCAACAAUGCUGAACUCAAACGUCCAAAAUCAGAACCAACCACUGACUGUGAUGUAAACGAAAGCAGAAAUGACAAAGGGAGUGAAAGUGAUGGUUCAUCGUCGCCUCGUCCAAGUCAUAGCAUUGAAGUCUUUGUGGAACUGGAACAACCUCCGAGAGAAGAAAAGUCUUGCCGUUUUUGUGGUAAAAGAUUUAAGAGGGACUCUCAUCUUAUAAGGCACGUAGAAAAGAGUCACAAAAAGCAGAAAGCCUUUAAAUGCCUGAAGUGCAACAAGGAGUUUGAACAAAGGUACCAGCUCGUUCAGCAUAUAAGAAUUCACACAGGAGAAAGGCCUUUCAGUUGUGAUUUCUGUGACAAAACAUUUGUUCAGAACUCGAGCCGUCUUGCUCACAUGAGGGUGCAUACUGGAGAAAGACCAUAUUUUUGUGCUAAAUGCGGGAAAGGCUUUGCCACAAGCAACCAUUUCAAACUUUGCAAAGUUCAGAAUGAGUGCAAAAUCACACCAGAGAAAGUGAACACGGAUGAGAAUCACAAAGAGGAGAAAGCCUUUAAAUGCUUUCAAUGCAACAAGGAGUUUAAUCAAAAGCACCAGCUAGUAUUGCAUGCAAGAGUUCACACCGGUGAAAAACCCUUCAGUUGUGAUUUCUGUGGCAAAACAUUCACUCAGAACUCUAAUCGAAUUGUUCACAUGAGAGUGCAUACUGGAGAGAAACCAUAUUUUUGUAAGAAGUGUGGCAAGAGGUUUGCCAGUAGCCAUCAUCUUAAAUUGUGCACAGGGACACAAAACAAAAGCACAAACAAGUCAUUUCGCUGUACAACAUGUGGCAGAACAUUUUACACAGAUUCAGACCUGAAGGUGCAUAUGAAGGUUCAUGAGUCGUGGAAACGACACAUCAGUGAGAAACUGCAAGGGCGGGAGAUAGAAGAGAAAAAGCUUAAAGUGGUAUGACAGGACAUCAGAUAUUUUCUUCUAAAAUUAUAAGAAUAAAACAUGCAUCCAGUAAUUAGGAAUGGCCUUAUAUUUGUAAAUUUGCUGCAAUAUAGCUGAAUAAGAAACUAUCAGUUUAUGUGGAUUCAAUUUUAAAAAUUGUGUUUCAUCAGUUAUGAUUUGACUACUGAUUCCUUUAAUGUAAAGUCCUCUGAAUUGCCUCGCUGUGGAAAUGUACUAUACAAAUAAACUUGCCUUGACAUACUA